CUGGCUGGUCUUUUGGUUUUUUCUUCGUGGGGGGAGGGCGGCGAUCGGAGAGCUAGGGUUUUGAGGUUGUUCAUCGGUUCAUCGCCAUGGCCAAAUUUAAUGUCGUGGUGAAGAAUCGGCGGGCGAAGACUCAGGAUUUGAAGCGGAAUCUGCAUGGGGAUCCUAACACCAGGAAGCUGAAGGUGCAAAAGCCCCCCGUCUCCAUCUCCGGCAAGCGCAAGCGAAAGAUCUUCAAGAAAUGGCGAAGGGACCAAAAGGAGGCGAUGGAGAAGGGAUUGAUCACAAUGGAGGACGUCGAGAUGGCGGUGGCUGAGGGAUCUUCUGAAGUUAAGAGGGAGAAGUCAAAGGUGAAAUUCGAAUUGAAGAAGAGUCCCAAGCUAAAACUCAAAGGUAAAAGCAAACGAAAACCAUCCAAUUCCCCAUCGUUGCCUGCACCCGUCGACGCUAUGGUUGAAUGAUUUGCUUCUGUGAUCAUGCUUAGUAUUUUGCCAUGAUUUGCACUUUCUAUGUUUUAGAACUUCUUGGUGUCUAGAUGCCUAGGUGUUCAUAUUUGGCAGUAAAGUUUAAAAAGUAGUUUGUAGAGAGUGCCUCAGUCUCCCUACGAAGGAUCAACUCAAGCAUACUGUAGGGCUAUUUGAGCAUUGAUGCGCAUUGCAAUUUGGAUUUAAUAGUUUCGCAUUUGUGUUGUAUGGAUUCAAAUAUUUGUUAUCUGAGUGGCAAAUAUAGUUUUGCAUUUUUCUACCA